AUGGAUCCGGACACAGCCGCAGACUUCACCGUGGAAAACGUGGAAAAGGCCCUGCAUCAGCUCUAUUAUGAUCCCAACAUUGAGAAUAAGAAUCUGGCUCAGAAAUGGCUGAUGCAGGCUCAAGUGUCUCCUCAGGCCUGGCAGUUCUGUUGGGUUUUACUGAGACCAGAGAAGGUUCCAGAGAUCCAAUACUUCGGCGCCAGCGCCCUUCACACAAAGAUUUCCCGCUACUGGAGCGACAUCCCAACCGAGCAGUACAGUACGCUCAAAACACAGCUGUUUUCUCAGAUUGCUCGCUUCGCCUCCGGCUCUAAGAUCGUCUUGACCCGCCUGUGUGUGGCGCUGGCGUCCCUCGCCCUCAACAUGAUGCCCGAGGCGUGGCCGGGGGCCGUGUCAGAGAUGGUGCACAUGUUUCAGGAGGACGGAGGCGAGGUGGAUGGACGCGCGCGAUGUUUGGCUCUGUUGGAGCUCCUCACGGUUCUCCCGGAGGAGUUCCAGACCAGCCGGCUGCCGCAGUACCGUAAGGGACAGGUGCGGGGCGCUCUGGGCCGCGAGUGGACAGGUGUUUACCCACUCCUACAGCAGCUGUUACGGCAGCCGGACUCUCCGCCGCUGGUGAAGGCCCGUGUGCUCAAGUGUCUGUCGAGCUGGGUUCUGCUGGACGUUCCUCUGAACGAGAGCGAGGGUUUGGUCGAGGCAAGUUUCACGGCUCUGUCGGAUCCGGAGCUGUUUGAUACGGCUGUGGAGGCCAUCGUCAACACCAUCUCACAGCCCGACUCACAGAGGUAUGUGAACACUCUCCUGAAGUUGGUGCCGCAUGUGUUACAGCUACAGGAACAGCUACGAGAUGCCAUAAGAAAUGGAGACAUGGAAACGUCACAUGGCAUCUGUCGAAUCGCUGUCUCUCUGGGAGAGAAUCAUUCAAGAGCUCUGUUGGAGCAGGUGGAGCACUGGCAGAGUUUUCUGGCUCUUGUGAAUAUGAUCAUGUUCUGCACGGGCAUCCCUGGUCACUACCCCGUCAACGAGACCACCAGCUCUCUCACACUCACCUUCUGGUACACACUACAGGAUGACAUCAUGUCGUUUGAGGCAGAGAAGCAGGCCGUCUAUCUGCAGGUCUACAGGCCCGUGUAUUUCCAGCUCGUAGACGUUCUGCUGCACAAAGCGCAGUUCCCUACGGACGAGGAGUAUGCUUCCUGGUCAUCAGACGAGAAGGAGCAGUUCAGGAUCUACAGGGUGGAUAUAUCCGACACACUAAUGUAUGUCUAUGAGAUGCUGGGAGCCGAAUUACUCAGUAACCUGUACGACAAACUGGGGCGACUCCUCACCAACACAGAGCAGACAACAACAUGGCAGCAUACAGAAGCGCUGCUGUAUGGAUUCCAGUCCAUCGCCGAAACGAUAGAUGUGAAUUACUCCGACGUCAUCCCAGGUCUCAUCGGCCUCAUUCCAAGAAUCAACAUAAACAACGUCCAGCUGGCCGACACGGUCAUGUUCACAAUCGGAGCGUUGGCAGAGUGGUUGGCGGAUCAUCCGGUGAUGCUGAGCAGCGUUCUUCCGCUGGUUUUGCAAGCAUUGGGCAAUCCAGACCUGUCUGUUUCCAGCGUCUCCACACUAAAGAAGAUCUGCAGAGAGUGCAAAUAUGACCUGCCCCCAUAUGCCACCAAUAUAGUCGCUGUUUCACAGGAAGUGCUUAUUAAACAGAUCCACAAGACGAGUCAGUGUAUGUGGUUGAUGCAGGCUCUGGGCUUUGUGUUGUCUGCGCUGCCGGUGGAGGAGAUCUUGAGGAACCUUCACUCUCUGAUCACCCCAUAUAUCCAACAACUGGAGAAACUAGCAGGGGAGACGCCAAACCCUUCGAAUAAACUGGCCAUUAUUCACAUCCUCGGUCUGCUGUCCAAUCUCUUCACCACGCUUGACAUCACCAAACAGGAGGAGGAGUCAGGAGAGAAAGCCCCGCCCAUCAAAUCAGCCCCGCCCCAGACAGGCCCCAACCCUGUAGUGGUGGUGCUCCAGCAGGUCUUUGCACUGAUACAGACGGUCCUCAGUAAAUGGCUGAAUGACUCGCAGGUUGUUGAGGCUGUGUGUGCCAUCUUUGAGAAGUCUGUGAAAACACUCCUGCAUGAUUUUGCCCCCAUGGUGUCUCAGCUGAGUGAGAUGCUGGGGCAGAUGUACAGUACUAUACCGCAGGCAUCUGCACUGGAUUUAACACGCCAGAUGGUCCACAUAUUUGCCAGUCAAACGAAUGAUUUCCCCCCAAUCAAAGCGCUGUUUGAAUUGGUCACUUCUGUUACUCUGACCAUCUUCCAGCAAGGGCCCAGGGAUCAUCCUGAUAUUGUUGAUUCAUUUAUGCAACUCCAAGCUCAGGCCCUCAAACGGAAGCCCGAUUUAUUCUUAUCAGAGAGUCUUGAUGUGAAAGCAGUGUUUCACUGUGGAGUGCUGUCACUGAAAUUCCCAGAAGCCCCGACAGUCAAAUCUACCUGCCUUUUCUUUACGGAACUAAUAUCACACUGCGCAGACGUUCCUCCUGUUGGUCAGGUCGUGCAGGAAAAUGGUAAACUCCUCCUGUUGGCUGUGUUGGAGGCCAUCGGUGGUCAGUCGUCCCGCGGUCUGAUGGACCAGUUUGCAGAGGUGCUCUUCUGUCUGAACAAGCAUUGCUUCGCUCUGCUGACGGUGUGGCUCAAAGAAGCUCUGCGCUCACCGGGCUUCCCAUCCUCACGCGUCUCUGACGAGCAGAAAGACACGUUCAGCCAACAGGUGCUCCGGGAGCGAUUGAAUAAGCGUCGAGUCAAAGAUAUUGUGAAGGAGUUCACCCUGGUGUGCCGCGGCCUUCACGGAACUGAAUACGCCGCGGGCUACUGAUCCAUCGCUCGUACAGAAACAGAGUGAUAGGAAACCCAAAAACAGCAACUCCCAGAAGCCCUCACUGCGAUGCGAAUGACACCAUCUCAGAACUGACCAUCUGGGAGUCGGGAUCUUCCUCCAACUUGUCCUCGCUCGCUCUCUCUCUCUCGCUCUCUCUCUCUCUCUCUCUCUCGCUCCCUCUCUCUCUCUCUCUCUCUCUCUCUCUCUCAUCCACUCUCUCAUUGGAUUUUGGGGUGUCUGUAGGGCGUUCUGAACGGGCGACAUCUCCCCUCCCCACAUCUCACAGCAUGUCCGCUGUAAACCGUUCUUUGAUUCUCCCACGUUUGAUCUUCCGUGGCUCUUGGGCUGUUUUGCUUGUGAUGAUUUGCAUCCUUUUGAACAAAGAAAUAGUGUUAGUUGAAUGUUUUUUAUUGUUAUUUUGAAGAUACUGAAAUAAAAAACAUAUAUAAAUAAAUACACAUAAUCUAGUAAACUGUGGGGUGACUAGUCCGUGUGCUGCUAGCAGAGAGAGGGACCAAUACAGACUGAUUUUUCUCUGUGGCUUUAGAUCUGUCCUCUAUAUCUCUGUCUGUUUAACCUCUAACAAUCGUUUCUGCCAAAAUGUUGUGGACAUUUUUGAAACUAAAAUAUCUAUAUAUUGAAAGUUAGCAGCAUAUUUGGUGACUAGUUGAUACUGGGUGUUACGCAAUGAAUAAGAGAGAGAGCGAAGCACUAAGAUAGUUCAGUCAAAAAAAUGUAAUUGUCAUCAUUUACCCAACAUCAUGAUGUUCCUAACCUGUAAAUGUUUCUUUAGAAAUUCUUCGUGUUUCAUUAAAGGAACGUACCUGCAUACAGAGAAUGGUCCCAGCAUGCAUACAACCUAUAUUUGAAAAUUUAUUAAAGGAAUGGUUCACACAAAAUAGCUUAAAAAUUAAAUGUACUGAAUAUUUACUCCCCAUCAGGCCAUCCAAGAUGUAGAUGAAUUUGUUUCUUCACAAGAAACAAUGUAGCAU